AUGGAAGAAGAUCUUGAAAAUCAAUUGAAAGAAUUAGAACGAGAAGAAGAAGAAGAAUACUUAUUAUUGGAAAGAUCACUUGAAGAACAAUUGAAACAAGAAGAAUCCAAUACGGAUAUCAACGAAUUCGAAGUAGAUUAUGUUAAACAAUUAGAAUAUAUUGAAAUAUUACAAAAAUUUCAACAAAAUGAACAACAACAAUAUUGCGAUACACUUAUGCAAGAACUCAACAAGUAUGAAAAUCUUGUUAAGCAGUUUAAAACGUUAUUCAAAAACCAAUAUCAAUCAAAACAAAGAUUAUGUUUGACAUCAGGAAAUAAUUCUGAAUUUCGCAUUCGUCAGCGAAAAAAUGAUCAUCAUUCUAUCAUGGAAUGGUUAUUUGUACAAAUCAUCACUAUGUUUUACAAUUCAACUGGUAUAACAUAUUUUGAUAUUCCUAUUAGUGCUAAUGAAACGUAUCAUAUGCAAUUGAACGACACAAUAAGACUGUAUGAUUUAGCUAAAAUGAUCAAGGCAUUAAAGAUCUCUUAUAGGGGUGACUUAACGACAGCAUCACCAAUGAAAAUCGAAAAGGAAUGUACAAGUAACAUCAACGAGCUUAAUCUAACUAUAUUUCUUUUUGGAAUUUCAUUAUUAAUUAUAUUAAAUUUUGUUAUAUUUAUUUGGAAUACUUUUUCAAUUUAUCGCUCAAAGAAGAACAAACAAGGACAAUUCCUUUUACAUUCUGAUGGUGCACUUUUAAAAAAGCUAAAUAUUUGUCAACAUAAUCAAGAAGAUUUGUAUGCUUCGAUCAAUCUUCAAACGAGAAAAUGA